CGUCAUCAUUUCUGGCAUUUUAACUGACUUUUCUUAUUUGCCUCGUUAGAUUUAUUAUUAGUUUAUUGUAGACAAGCUUAUGCCCAUCUCUUUCUCUCUCAUUGUUCAGAUUCAUGGAAGUGGGCAGGAACAGGACAACAAAAAAGAAGUGGGCGGUGUUUUAUCUUCCAGAUUUGACUUGAGAGGAAGAAAGUUAUCAAAUAUAAAGAAAACAAAGAAAGUGGCUCUGCAGAUUUACCAUCUUAUGAUUUCUUCUCUUGGAUCUUGAGAACGUGUAAAUACUCUAAAUCAAAGAGGUGCAGAGAGACUUAGAUGGCAGCUUUAGUUUCCUUUUCCUGUGGCCUGUUCUGUCCUGCUCUGCCUCUGUGAAACCACUCUUUCUCUCUCUCUCUCGUGAGGAAAGGAGCAUUUCGGUUUCCUUUCUUUCAUGGUAGCGGCAUUGAAGUGAGUGAGUGAGUGAGUCAGCCUCUACAGAGGGGUAGAAUACCAACUCUGCUUCCGUCAUUUCCAAGAGAGAUAGGGAGAGGGAAAGAGAUGGGCAGAGCGGCAGAAGAGAUGGAUCCUCCACCACUACCGGAACCACCGGUUUACUUCCCCCUCCGGUGGGAGAGCACCGGCGAACAAUGGUGGUAUGCCACCCCAGUAGACCUCGCGGCAGCCAACGGCCACUACGACCUGGUUCGAGCGCUCCUGCGCGUGGAUAGCAACCUACUCAUUAAGCUCACCUCCCUCCGCCGGAUCCGCCGACUGGAGACCGUCUGGGACGACCACCCUGAUUAUCCAUGCCCCCGCGGCCGCGCCGCCGUUGCCCGCGCCCUCUUCCAUGACUGCGAGGUCCGCGGCACCAAUGGGGCCAACUCCCUGAUCCGUGCUGGGUACGGCGGGUGGCUUCUGUACACGGCCGCCGCGGCCGGAGAUGUUGAAUUCAUGGAGGAGCUUCUGAGGAGAGAGCCGUUCCUUGUGUUCGGAGAGGGGGAAUAUGGCGUGACGGACAUUCUGUACGCAGCGGCGAGGAGCAGGAGCAUUGUGGUGUUCAGGAUGAUCCUUGAUGCAGCAUUGAUGGGGGCAGAAGCUCAGAUGGAAGGGGAGGAGGUGGUGGAGGAGAAUGUGUUCAAGGGAGAGAUUAUGAGCAGGGCCGUCCAUGCAGCGGCCAGAGGCGGCAGCUGGGAGGUGCUAAGGGAGAUGCUGCUUCAGUUUGGAGAUGCAUUGGCAUGCAGGGACGUACAGGGAUGCACUGUUCUGCACGCAGCAGCAGCAAGAGGACAGGUUGAGGUGGUAAGGAAUCUGGUGGAGUCUUUCGAAAUAAUUAACUCUAGGGACAACCAAGGAAACACAGCACUGCAUUCGGCAGCUUUCCGUGGCCAUUUGGAAGUAGUCAAGGUUCUAGUUCUUGCUUCUCUUUCCUUAUCGUCUGCAACAAAUGAUGCAGGGGAUACUUUUCUCCAUAUGGCUGUUUCUGGCUUCCGAACCCCAGGUUUUCGAAGAUUAGAUCGACAGAUGGAGCUGAUGAAGGUGUUAGUUAGUGGACAAGUUGUGUGUCUGGCGGAGUUUAUUAAUCUCAAGAAUAAUGAGGGGAGGACAGCCCUCCAUCUUGCGAUGACUGGAAAUAUCAGUUGUGAUUUGGUUGACCUCCUAAUGUCUGUUACUUCAAUUGAUGUAAACAUUUGUGAUCUUGAUGGGUUGACGCCUUUGGAUCUUCUCAAUCUACAUCCACACUCUGCAUCUUCUGAAAUAUUGAUCAAGCAGCUGGUUUCAGCGGGUGGUAUUUCAAAUUCACGCAGUCACUCGGCCAGAAAUGCUCUGACUUCACACUUGAAAAUGCAGAGUAUGGGGAGCAGUCCAGGCACUUCCUUUAAGAUAUCAGAUGCUGAGAUAUUUCUGUAUUCUGGAACAGAAAACGCAUAUGAUCCAGCAGAAAAGGCCUGCAGCGUGAGGUCAAGUUCUUGCUCAAACAGCAGCAAGAGUGGUGAAUUCAGCCAUUUUGAGAUUAUGGACAUGAGUCCUGGACCUCACACCAUUCACAAACCCAGCAACUCUGUGACUUCUGCUGCACGGAGAUUGAGGAACCUACUUGGAUGGGCCUACAAGAAGGGCAGAUCUAAAAAGCCAGGGAGUGAUGCGCAGACUGAAAAGGAUAGCACAAGGAGUGGGUGGCAACAUGGUGGUGAUGAAGAAUCCAUGGAGGACAAACACAGUUGGUAUGAUCAUCAGGACACGCCAACUCCACUGAGGCAACGAUUCUCCACAACAUCUCUCCUGAACAACAAACGGACACUUGCAAUUAGGAGCAUUCUUCCUAGUCCAUCUGCAAAGAAAAGAUUUGCUGCCGGGUUGAUGCAUGGGGUUAUUCAAGGAAUGCCUUCUCAGUCUUCUUCAGAGCCCUCAUCAUCUGAGAAGCUCAAGGAAGUUGAAUCUGAUCAUGAGAAUGGGCCUUCUGGUUGCAAGACAUCCAUAAAUUCUGAACCGUAUGACAAGUUGAAUUCAAGUAACAGAUUAAUGAACCAGUACUUCUGUUUCGGCGCACAUGGCCUGUUUACAGAGAACCAGAUACCAGACCAGCAGGGAGGUCAUUCCUACGGGCGUUCAAUUUUUUCAGAAGCAUGAGUGGACUCAUAAAAAAAGCAGAAGUUCCAGAUUUACUAAUGAAAGCAUGAGGACUGUACCCAGUAGACUGUUUCACCAAUUUGUCUUUUCGGUUCUGUUGUCUGUACAAGAUGUAUAAAAUUUGUUUCGGUAAUAAGUUGGAACUACUUGACAAACUGCUGUAUUUCUGUGAAACCUCCUCUGUUGCAAUCAAUGAACUGCUUAUCCUUUUCUAUCAAA